GUUGGCCUGCAACGGUUACUACGAGGAAUAAAGCUGGUGGAAUCAGUAUUUGGUGGGGAGAGGAUCUGAUGAUAACUAGAGUGGAUUUCUCUCUAAACUUUGUUGAUGUCGCAGUUCAGGAGGAGGACGGGGCUAGAUGGCGCUUCACCGUGAUUUAUGGCUGGCCUAAAGGAACUGAGAAGUGGAUGACUUGGGAUCUGCUUAGGAGGAUUGGACAGCAAUGGGAUGGUCCUUGGUUAUGUGGUGGUGAUUUCAACCAAGUCAGAAGCACUGACGAAAAAAGUGGAGGAAGAUGUGCGCAUGAACCGGAGAUGAAUCACUUUGGCGACUGCCUGACGGAUAUUGGCCUUCAGGAUCUAGGCUUCCAUGGAUAUCCCUACACGUGGGAGAAUCGUCGGCAUACAAAUGGUUUCAUUGAGGAGAGGCUGGAUCGAUUUGUGGCUAAUGACAGUUGGAGAGAUCUCUUCCCAAACAAUUAUGUUCAGCACUGGGAUCGGGCGAAUUCAGAUCAUCGGCCGAUUAUUUGCGACACUCGAGGGUCAGAGGAUGUGGAAGUUAGAUGGGGUCGGGCCUUUAGGUUCGAGCCGCACUAGUCAAAAUAUGGUGACUGUCUAAGAACAAUUGAGGAGACGUGGUGUAACUCGGGAGGCCAAGAUAUCCUAGCCAAACUCGAUCAAUGCCGCUCUCAGCUGACACAAUGGAGUGAAAAGGAGUUCCCACCUUUUGCCAAACAGAAGUUUCGCAUCACCCGCGCCAUCCGGGCCCUAGAACGAAGACCUAAAACUGAGGAAGUGCUCGCCCAGUGCCGCUAGCUGGAACAAGAGAUGGCAGAAGUGUUGGACAAUGAGGAACAGUACUGGAAACAGAGAUCAAGAGCGGAUUGGUUAAAGGGUGGGGAUAAAAAUACUAACUAUUUCCACCGGAAAGCUUCGGCCAGGCGAAAAAGAAACACCAUCAGGAAAGUGAAAGAUGAGACAGGUCGUUGGUUUGUGGGUCAAGAAGAAGUAUCACAGUGCAUGGCGGACUACUAUACUGGGCUGUUCACUGCUGGCGCGUCGCCGCUCGAUUGGCCUGU